GUCAGAACAUGAGCGUGGCCGUUCGCUCUCUCUCUCUCUCUCUCUCUCUCUCUCUCUCUCUCUGAUAAAUGAGAAAGAAUGAUGCAGAAAUGGCAGAGGAAAGAAGGACCAAACUUCCAUCCGACCUUCCCAUCCCGUCGUCCCGAGGCAGGUGCACCACCUUACCUUAGAGGGGUAUCUUGGACCUUCCAUCCCACUACCCAGUCUCUCUUUCCAUCUCCCACUUUUAUUAUUUGCCUCUCACUACCUUACAUUCUCUUGCCGGUGCUCCCGAUUUCCUUUUUCACUUCGCAUCGGCGCCCUCACAAACUCGAACAGAGAUUGAGAGCAGCAAAGAUAUCACCUUCCCAUUACCUCGAUUUCGCCGUGUUGCAAAAGCGCAGCCACGUCGGAGCUCUACGGUCCAGGUACCCCUCAGUGCCUCAUCAAAGAGAAGAUCCUAACCUAGUUGAUCUCACUCCCGCCUCCCACUCGCUGACACCACAAGGGGAGGGAGCCAGGACACUGGGCCUAGGAGCAACGGCGGCCUUCCAUUCGUGCCCAUCCUCAAGUCGCUAAAAUACCCUGGGCCAUUUCUAAAUUAGCUACUGUGGCGUCACACGCAGUCGCGGACUCUGAGGUCGAAUACAGGUUCUCGCUGGGGUUUUGCUCCCCGCCGCCAUCGCCAUCGCAAUCGCUACCAGCCGACCAUCUUCAGACUUUCGCCCAUCUUCCAGCCCAAGCUGCGAAUGCGACUACAUACAUUCUGCUAAUCAUCGGUAGAGUGACCACAAGUGGUGAGUCCAUCCUCCACAAAGUGGGCAAGUGACAGAGUUGGCCAAGACCCCAUCCGAGUGGAUGGUGCAGGGCGCAAGCCGUUUCUUUGCGUCACCCUCCCACUCGUGAUCAGGCCUUGUACUUGUAUUCGUGGGUGGGCGGUGGAUUAUUACCAUCUGCACUUUGCCUUACCCGCCUUGCCUUGCUUUGCCUAAACUAAUUACCUACUUACACACUUGCACCUACAGUACUAGUCCAUCUUCUCCGAAAUUCCUAAUUUUCGCAUCUCGCAGAAAACAACACCCCCUCUGCAAAAAACCAAACACUUUGCGACCGCCAAACAGACCUUUCUCAACGACAACCGAUACCCCACACCAAUAUCAAGAAGCCCAGUGGACCGCGACCAAGCCAGCUUACUCACGAGAGCUUGCCCAGAUCAUGGACUCCAAUGGGGUCAGGAGGAGGGACACCACAAAGGGCCCUCCCCUACGCAUCCUGUCUCUAGAUGGCGGAGGAGUCCGCGGUUAUUCCAUGUUUAUCAUUCUCCAAGAACUCAUGCACCGCACCUUUGUCGAAAUCGAGGGGAGAGCCCCGCGGCGAAACGAAAUCCCUCGGCCUUGCGAUCAUUUCGACCUCAUCGUAGGAACCGGUACCGGCGGUCUUAUAGCCCUAAUGCUCGGUCGAUUGCGCCUUGAUCUAGAGCAGUGCAAGGAACUUUACGUUAGGUUGACGCGCAUGGUCUUCGAAACCGACAAAACUAUCGCCGGCAUUCCCUACCGCUCGACCCUCUUCAAGGCCUCCAAGCUUGAGGAGGCUAUCAAGGAGGCUGUGAGGGAGCACACAGUGUAUCAAAAAGAGGGCAAUGAUGGCACCGAGAACGAUGUUCUCAGCCCUCUCAGCGGCUACAACACCUCAAAUCCCCGAAGGCAUGCAAGCAACGCCAGCACUGUCAGCUUCAGCGCACGUAGUCCCCAGGCUCAGAUGGCACGCCCUGCCUUCAACUCGCGGUACGGUGACCCAAACGCGAGACUUUACGACGCAAGGGAGAACAGGACUAAAACCGCCGUCUUGGCAAUGUACAAAGGUUCCCGCAAGGGCAACCCCGCCGCCGUACUGCGAUCCUACGAUUCGAGAAGAGAGCCUCCGCCAGAGUUCGACUGCAAGAUCUGGCAGGCUGGACGGGCGACAUGUGCGAUCGGCCUAGCCUUCAAGCCCAUUCAAAUCGGGCAGUCUGUUUUUCACGAUGACGGUGGCGGCACCUUCAACCCUUCUCCCGAGGCUCUUGACGAAGCCGUAGUAAACGAAUGGCCGGGUCGCGAAGUCGGCGUGUUUCUCAGCGUUGGUACCGGCAGACGGCCCAAAGGAAGUGAUGCAAACUCCCAGAUGUGGUACGAAGGUUUCCUGGGAGAGUUUGCGGAAGCUCGCCGGAAGCUUAUCUCCAAGAUUGAGGGAUGUGAGGCUAUCCACGAGCAAAUGAGGAAAGAGCACUUACUGAAGCGGAACGUCAACGUCGAAAACUACUACCGUCUUAAUGUGGAGGUUGGCGUCGGCGAGUUUGGUAUGAACGAAUGGCAUCGCCUGGCCGAAAUCAGCACGAGCACACGGCAGUACUUGAGGCGGGAGGUCGAGCAGAAAAUGAUUCAAGGUGCCUCUGCGAAGAUGGCCAAGAUUCACAAAGCGAACAUUAGGUUCUCACGGCUACCAGAAGUCCCUGAACUGGUCAAGUCAAACUCGGAGACGACUGAACCAAUGUCUUUCGCGGUGGAAUUGCCAGCCGAGAUUCCUACAUCGUGGCCGCCGCAUAACACACCGCCCAGCCGUCAGUCUUACGAAUCUGGCUCUGAGCACUUGCACAUUCCCUCACCAAUGAGUCCUUCUCCAAGAAGUUCCGGCGAACGGCUGCAACCAUCGUCGUCACCACGGCCCGAGCAACGGCCCCUACCUCCGGCAAAGGACGAUGAGAUUGACAGGCUUCUUGUCACUGCGCCCACUCCAGCGCAGUAUCGCUACGCAGCAGGCGCUGAUAAGAUUGCCAUCAUGAGCCCGGAUGAACACCCACGAUGGCAGAACCAGCCUUACAGUAACGGUCCGGUCCAACAAUCACAACAGUCACAGCGUAUUCCACCACCGCUGCCUCCCAAAACACCACUCCCGGAACAUCAGGCAGCCGGAGGCCGCCGUCCUGUUAGCUCAUCGCCCCUACCCUAUCCAGUAGAUGACGAGCCUCCACCAGUGAACAUGGCUAGGAAACCGGAUUACCGCGGGAGGUAAACGAAGGAAAGGUCGAUUGAAUACCCCAUUUCUCCACAUGAGAGCACUCGGAGCGCAGUAAUACCAUCAGGGAAGCGGAUAUCAAGCUGGUUUAUGAGGCUCUGUUUCUUCAAGAGCAUACAGCAAAAGGGAGUUCUUUUCGGGAAACGAAUCAGGUUUUUGGGGGUUUUAGUU